ACGUUCGAAUCUUCUUCAGACAUUCAUUGGCUUCUCUCUCCAUUCUAUUUUCCUCUUAGGGUUUUCGGGUUUAUCAUACUAUGAUUCUUUAGUUUCAAAAUCUGUUUGGUCCUGGGGUUGCAUAUUUAUUUCGCAUCUUCAAAAGUCAACAAUGGAGACUCGUCCGUUUAGGUCAAUAACGAAUAGCCUUGCACACACUUCUCCAGUACCAAACCCUUCCGUCGAAGCAGAGAUACACAAUCAGUACAUGGCAAGCCCCUAUCGUUUACUCUCUCCUAACGGUGGAUCUGCAGUUGGUCACAAUAUAUAUUCAAAUGAACUUCAUAACCCUUCCAUGGUGUCUCAAAGUGACACAACUUUCAUCCCUGAGAUGUUAGAUUGGGAUCCAGCUUCUUCUAUCCCUGCAGACCUUUCUGAUUUUCCUUUGGAUAUUCCCAUUCAAAUGGAGGAGGAGGAGGAUGGUGGCAUCCUGGCAUCUGAUGAUAUUCACAGACAAAUUGACUUGGCAGAAUUGGAUGAAGAUAUGAUUACUGAUGAUGAUGAGAAUCCAUUAAUGUCUGCUCUCUGGAACGAUCUUUUCCUUGACACAAGUUCCACCUCUGCUUCCAAGGUCCAGGAACCAACUAUGAUUAUUCAACAACCCCAAGUUGCUAUGCACCAGAAUUCUCCAAUUGUUAGCACAGUAUCCUCAAACAGCAACAACAACAGUUUCACCAGUAAUAAUACUGCGGCAGCAGCUAAGGGACGUGUGCGUUGGACGCCAGACCUUCAUGAUGCUUUUGUUAAGGCUGUUAACCAGCUUGGUGGCAUGGCAAAGGCAAAACCCAAGGCCGUGCUUAAGCAUAUGAAAAUCCAAGGCCUGACUAUAUUUCAUGUCAAAAGUCAUUUGCAGAAAUAUAGGACAGCUAGACAUGCUCCAGAACCAUCAAAAGCAGGUUCGCCAGAGACGAAGUUUACAACGGUUGAGCGUGUUACAUCUCUUGAUACGAAAAGUGGGAUGUACAUAACUGAGGCGCUGCGGAUUCAGAUAGAAGUUCAGAAGCAACUGCAUGAGCAGCUCGAGAUUCAAAGAAAGAUGCAACUUCAGAUAGAAAAACAGGGAAAGGCCCUGCUCAUGAUGAUUGAAAAGCAAAAUUUGAAUUUUGGCCAACCGGAGAGAGAAGAGGAGGCAGAUUCUCGGCGAUCAAAGCGUCCAAGAAACAAUGAAUGAAGGGAAUUCUUGAAACGUUGUAGAGUUUUGGUGAAAAGUUGUAGAGUUUGAGUUAUUUAGAGUAGGAGCUUUAUUAGUGCCUUUUCUCCCUUUGUUUUUUCUCUCUUUAGUAAAACUUAUUUUCUGAUUCAGCUCACUAGGAAGAAACAAAAAUAAAGAGCAAGAAUUUUUGCAGAAUUUUCC